CCCCGAGAAAGGGGGCGGUGUCUAGUGGGCGGAGCGUUGGGGACGCCCCCGCCUGGAGGGCGGAGACCAAGGAGAAGGGAGAGCUCCGGGAGGCUUCUCCCCCGGACACGGUGGGGCGGGGCCGUCACAAGAAGGAUGGAGACUCCUCUUCGGGCGGGGCGUUCGGCGACUGAGGUGGAGAUUUUGCUGGACGAGGAGCGGGGACCUGGAUGACGUCGCCGCGCUGGGCGGGGCUUAAGCGAAUGCAAGGCCAGAGGAGGGGCGGAUGCGUUGACGUAAAUACGGGGGCGGGACAGAAGCGAGAGGGAGGGAGCUAGCUUCCUCGGUGCCCUGGGCUGCCACGGGGGGCGGAGCCGGAGGGCCAUGACGCGCUUCAAGGGCGGGGUCGGGGAGAGGGGCGGGGCCAACCGCGGGCGGGCCGACGUGUCUCGGCAGCUCCUGCCCAGGCUCGGACCCGGACAGGCUGCCAUGGCGGGCUCGCGGCAGCCCCAGCGCCUGUUCCUGCAGGGCGUGGCGGCUGCCUUCUUGUUCGCUUUUGCCUCGCUCUACGCGCAGAUCCCUGGGCUGUAUGGGCGAGAUGGGAUUCUGCCGGCCCGGAAGAUGCUCCGGCCUCUGGGGAAGGGUCUGUGGCAGCAGCUGUGGGAGGUCCCCACCCUGCUCUGGCUGUCCCCACGCCUGGGGCUGGACACGGAGCAAGGCAUGGAGUUGCUGAGCCUUCUGGGGGCAUUGGGCAGCCUGGGGGUCCUGCUGCUGCCCGCCCUGCGCCAUGGCCUGCUCUACCUGCUGCUCUGGAGCCUCUACCUCUCCCUCUACCAGGUGGGACAGGUGUUCCUGUACUUCCAGUGGGACUCCCUGUUGCUGGAGACUGGUUUCCUGGCGGUGCUGGUGGCCCCUUGGUGUCCCACGUGGGGCAAGGAGACGGGAGCCCCGCCACACGCGGACGUCCCCUUCUGGCUGGUCCGGUGGCUCCUCUUCCGCCUCAUGUUUGCCUCAGGAGUGGUCAAGCUCACCAGCCGCUGCCCUACCUGGUGGGGGCUCACAGCCCUGACCUACCACUACGAGACCCAGUGUCUGCCCACACCUGCCGCCUGGUUUGCCCACCACCUGCCCGUCUGGCUUCACAAGCUCAGCGUGGUGGCCACCUUCCUCAUCGAGAUCGCCGUGCCCGUCUUGUUCUUUGCCCCGAUCCGCCGGCUCCGCCUCGCCGCCUUCUAUUCCCAGGCCUUGCUCCAGGUCCUGAUCAUCCUCACAGGGAACUAUAACUUCUUCAACUUCCUGACCCUGGUGCUCACCACGUCCCUGCUGGACGACCAGCACGUGGCCUGGUGGCUGGGCGCGGGCCGGACGAAGCAGCCGCCUGCCUCCCGGGCCCGGCGGCUGCUGACUGCCCUGUCCCUGCUGCUGGAGCUGGCCGUCUACGGGCUCCUGGCCUACGGCACGGUGCACUACUUUGGCUUGGAGCUGGACCGGGAAUGGGGCAGCAUUCAGGCCAAGACGGCCUUCACCUUCCACGAGUUUUCGCAGUGGCUGAAGGUGGUCACGAUGCCCUCCGUGUGGCUGGGCAUGGCCUCCCUGCUCUGGGUCCUGCUGACUGCCCUCUACAGGUGUGCCCGCAUCCGCAAAUGGCUGGGGAAGCUCAAAGCCACCGUGCAGCUGUCCGUCGUGGGCGCGGCCGCCGUGGCCAUGUUCACAAUCAGCCUGGUACCCUACACCUACGUGGAGCCGGGGACCAACCGGCAGCUCUGGCCCGGGGCCUACCGCCUCUUUGGCGCCGUGGAGCACCUGCAGCUGGCCAACUCCUAUGGCCUCUUCCGCCGCAUGACGGGCCUGGGGGGGCGGCCCGAGGUGGUCCUGGAGGGCAGCUAUGACGGGCAGAGCUGGACGGAGAUCGAGUUUAUGUAUAAGCCGGGGAAUGUCAGUGUGGCCCCCCCCAUCGUGGUUCCCCACCAGCCCCGCCUAGACUGGCAGAUGUGGUUUGCUGCCCUGGGCCAUCACACCCACAGCCCCUGGUUUUCCAGUCUCGUCUACCGCCUACUUCAGGGAAAAGCACCCGUGAUCCGCCUGCUCCAAGUGGACGUCUCCAAGUACCCGUUCUGGGAGCAGCCGCCCACCUUUAUCCGGGCACACCUGUACAAGUACUGGUUCUCACGGCCUGGGGAGCAAGGCACGUGGUGGCGGCGAAAAUGGUCCGAGGAGUUCUUUCCCUCAGUGUCCCUGGGGGACCCAAAGCUGGAGUCAUUGCUCGCACAGUUUGGUCUCCGGGACAAGAGCCCAGGCCGCGCCCCCCACAGCUCAGCUAGCCUGCUACCUCGAGCCCUGCGCUGGCUGCGGGAUCAGCUGACCCCCCUGGCUGCCCCAACGCUGCUUUGGGGCCUCAUCUGCUCGGUGGGGGCCAUCCACUUCCUCCAGGCGCUACUGCAUCCCAGGCCCCGGAGGCCGGAAACAGCAGGUGGGGAGAAGAACAAGGCAGUCUCCCAGAAGGAGAAGGGGGGCAAGGAGCGGUCCCAACCCCACAGCUCAGACGGGGCUGGAAAUGGCUCCAAGGGGACCCGGAGAAAGAAAUGACGUUGGUCAGCCUGGAUCUCAGGCCACUUCUCAGGUGAGGCUCCCUGCCCCCGGUGGCAGGUGACAGCGGGAUGCUCUCGGGGCAUCCGGGUGAUCAGGGCGCCAGCACCAGCACUGGCCUCCGCCAAGCUCAGGACCUUCUCGGCCUCUCCCACCUGCUGCACUCUGGGCCCAUUCCUGGGGCCAGCUUCAAAUGCCUUAGUGAGACUUUCUGGCUUCCCUGAGCUGGGCCGGGGCGCCCGGGCCAGACACCCCCUUCCUGCGGGCGUGUAAGAUGGAUGCACACAAGUCUUCCUCAAGUUUUCUAAAUAAAGAAAGGAACGUC